CUGUGGCUCCAAGGCGUGGCUCCACCUGGCAGUUCUCUAACAGGAUGAGGCCCAGGGGUGUGUGGUCAGCCUGGUGUUCCAGGUAGAAGAGGAGAUUUCCCCGCAGGAUGAACCAGCGGCGCUGAUAGCUGUUUGGGAAAAGCCCUUCUGUCCAGUCAUGCCAAAGAGGAAAGUGACCUUCCAAGGCGUGGGAGAUGAUGACGAGGAUGAAAUCGGUGCCCCCAAGAAAAAGUUGGUGGACCCUAUAGCUGGGGUAGGGGGUCCCGGGAGCCGCUUCAAAGGCAAACACUCUUUGGACAGCGAUGAGGAGGAGGAGGAGGAUGAAGGGUCCAGCAAAUAUGACAUCUUGGCCUCAGAGGAUGUGGAAGGUCAGGAAGCAGCUACGCUCCCCAGUGAGGGAGGAGUGCGGAUCACACCCUUCAACUUGCAGGAAGAGAUGGAGGAAGGCCACUUUGAUGCAGACGGCAACUAUUUCCUGAACCGGGAUGCUCAAAUCCGAGACAGCUGGCUGGAUAACAUUGACUGGGUAAAGAUCAGGGAGCGGCCACCUGAUCAGCGGCCGCCGUCAGACUCAGAGGAGGACGACAGCCUGGGCCAGACACCAAUGAGCACCCAAGCCCUCUUGGAGGGCCUUCUGGAACUGAUGUUGCCAAGAGAGACAGUGGCUGGGGCACUGAGGCGUCUGGGAGCCCGAGGGGGAGGCAAAGAGGGCAGCAAGGGGCCCGGACGGCCCAGUUCCCCCCAGCGCCUCGACCGGCUCUCUGGGUUGGCUGACCAGAUGGUGGCCCAGGGCAACCUGGGAGUGUAUCAGGAGACAAGGGAACGGUUGGCCAUGCGACUGAAGGGGUUGGGGUGCCAAACCCAGGGACCCCGUGAUCCCACACCGCCCCCCUCCCUGGACAUGUUUGCUGAGGAAGUGGCAGAAGGGGAGCUGGAGACCCCAACCCCUGCCCAGAGGGAAGAAACAGAGUCGCCUGGAGAUGGUCUGGCGGACGUGAUGUGGGAAUAUAAGUGGGAGAACACAGGGGAUGCUGAGCUGUACGGGCCCUUCACCAGCACCCAGAUGCAGACCUGGGUGAACGAAGGCUACUUCCCAGAUGGCGUUUAUUGCCGGAAGCUGGACCCCCCGGGUGGCCAGUUCUACAACUCCAAACGGAUUGACUUUGAUCUCUACACCUGAGCCUCCUGAGGGCCCAGUUUGGUGGUCCCUUCUUGCCUGGACUCUGUGGAGGAGGCCCCAGCUGCCUCAGGCAGUGAAGAUGUUGGGGGCCACUUUUCAGUCAACUUCCUUUUCCCAAUAAAAGCCUUUAGUUGUGUA